AUAUAAUAUAGAUAAUAUUGCCUCUUUUUAUUCUUUUUUUUUUUUCCAUAAAAAGGAAAAAAGAAAGAAAAUGCAAUUGCCGGUGAAUAUCUGCAGACGCCUCAACGGACUCGUCAGAGCUUUUUCUUCCCCUUCUUAGAUCGAAUCAGGUUCUUAUGGUUGCGAAAUAACCUCAGUAGUUGAAUUCAUUAACAUUGGAAGUGCCCAUUUUGAAGUCCACCGCCUCCUUGGUUGUUAUGUCCAAAUUUAUCAUUAUUGCCCGUGAUUAGUGAUGUUCGUUUGUUUCUAAUGAAAAUCUGGAAGUUCAUUUUUAGUGGAAAAGUUGUGUUUGUCACCAAUGGGUGUGAGCUACUUGGCGAUCUCGGCUUUGUCUACAGCUUUAAGUGUCAUAGGUCUCCAAUUUUGGACAGAGUUUUCACUCGAUAAGCUUCAAACUGAUGGGCUAAUUAGUGAGAAUUUUAUUCAUACCGAAAAUGCCAACCGUGCGUUUGAGCUUCUUUUGGGUUCUUAUGCCACUGUUGCUUUGCUGGCAAAUUUUGUGCUCAAUGUAUUUAUUCUACUCAUCCUUUCCCUAAAGACUGUAUUUUUUGGUGAGUUAUACCCUUCAGAAACUCGGAAAUUAGUAGAGCGCCUUAUCAACUAUGUUAUAUACAAGGGGACCUUUCUACCAUUAGUUAUUCCAUCAUCAGUAUUCCAAGCUGGUCUUUGGUCAAUCUGGUUGACUGUUAUUUGUUGUCUAAAGGCUAUUUUGGUUCAUGGGUUUCAGCUGCUUGAAAUAUCACUCCAUUCAGUGGGGAACAGUGAAGAUUGCCAAAGAGCAAAACACUUUGAUUUAUCAGCUGCAGGUUCAUUUUGGGAAUGGAAGGGCAUUCUUAUUCGCAAUCUAGGUUUCUUCCUUGACAUGGCAACACUGUUAAUGGCACUUGGACAUUAUUUGCUUAUUUGGUGGCUCCAUGGCAUGGCAUUCCAUCUUGUGGAUGCGGUUCUUUUCUUGAAUAUACGUGCUUUGCUAAGUGCAAUUGUGAAGCGUAUAAAGGGAUUUAUUAAAUUGAGAAUGGCAUUAGGGGCUCUUCAUGCGGCACUUCCUGACGCAACAUCUGAAGAGAUAUGGGUGUAUAAUGAUGAAUGUGCCAUAUGUCGGGAACCUAUGGCUAAGGCUAAAAAGCUUCAUUGUAAUCACCUUUUUCAUCUUGCUUGCUUGAGAUCUUGGUUGGACCAAGGCUUAAAUGAAGUUUACUCAUGUCCCACAUGUAGAAAGCCACUUUUCCUGGGCAGAACUGAAAGUGAGGUGAAUUCUCGCACAGGAGAAGCUUUAAGUGAUGAGCAGUUGGCACGACAAAUAAAUUCUGGACUUGAUCAGCAAAAUGUGCCUGAUCACACUCUACCUGCAGGAGUAUUCCCAAAUCAAAUGCAGAACCCAAUGGAAGGCAACCCUUGGAGGAGUGCAGGACUGGAUUCGGGAUGGUUGCAUUCUUGGCCAAACCAAAGUGUUGAUGGAGCCGGUCCUUCUACUGGGAUCAGAUCUGCUGGACUUGGAAGAGUUCACAUGAUGAUGAGGCAUCUUGCAUCUGUUGGAGAAACUUAUGCCCAGACUGCUCUUGAAGAUACUGCUUGGAGCCUCUGGCCCGUGAACCCAUCUCAGGCUGCUGCAUCUGCUUCGUCAGUUCCUCCAAAUGUUGGUGGAAGAUACCCUGGAAAUGCUGGUAGUUUGCAUAUGAGGACUGCUUCACGUACGGCAAAUGACAGCAUAGCGCAUAUACUUGCUAUGGCUGAGACUGUACGGGAGGUUUUGCCACAUGUCCCGGAUGAGAUGAUUUUUCAGGACUUGCAGAGAACAAAUUCUGUUACUGUUACUGUGAAUAACCUUCUCCAAAUAUGAUGAUGCACAGUGUUUUCUUCGAAACAUGGUUCCAGUUCAUGAACAGAUCCUUGAUCUUGUCCGUGCCAACAUUUUCGAGGUUUUGGGGAUUGGCAAGGCUGUUGAAUUAAUACAGAUUGUUUACUCCAAUAAAAUUUGUUAUUUUCCUACAAAUAUUCUGAUUGUUGUUCCUUCUCUGUAUAUAAAGUCAAGGUUGCUCAAUCAGAUGUUAUUAUGUAAAAGAUCAGGAGGUGAAAAAUAGUAUAGUUGUAGUUGUUUUCCAUUGAAAAAUAAAGUUUCUACAUAUAGGUGGUUACCGAUCAGGUUGCUGUUCGCUCCGUCGUUUUAAUCCCUCGUUUCAAGCCAGAAAAAGGGAGACGGAUUGUGGUACAAUGGUGGCAGACUGGCAGUGGAGCAGCUACCCUCUCUUAAGUUCUAAAACUUUUGUAUUAUUAUUUUUAAGUUUAAGAAACUUUUAAUUUUGCCUUUACUGAAAUUUAUUUAAUUCAUCGUCAUUGUUAAGUGACUAUUUCACGGCACACCCGGAAAAAAAAAAAGUUUUCCUAUCUUUUAUAAUUACGGUUUUUGAAAUGACUAAGCUCAAUUACUAUUAACAUAUAGUAACAAUUUCUGUUAGUUAAAUCAUUGUAAAUUCAUGACAAUUGAUCAAACAUUCGGAAAGUAUUUACUAGGAUGGUCCUUGCAAAGUUUCCCUAGGCCGUAGGACAUGAAUAUGUAGUCUCUUGUCUUUUUCCUUUCUCAAUAACUAGAUAUAUAGCUUAGCACCAUAAAGUUAUUUAUAUUGGAUACAGGGAAGGCUACU